AUGUCAAUAGCACUCGACAUGGAUGCAACCAAAAAUCGCAAGCCGCAUGCGUCCUCCUCCUAUUCCUCGUCCGCGCCUUCAUCCUCUACAUCGUGUUCAGUCAUCGUCCCCGCCUUUCGCGAGAACGGCAACAUCCGACCACUCGUGACCCGACUUUUCAGCGCCUUCGCUUCGCACCCUUCCGCAUCGACCGAAUUCAAAGACGUCGAAGUGAUCAUCGUUGACGACAAUUCCCGCGAUGGAUCCGUCGAAACUGUCUCGCAACUCCAAUCCGAAGGAUACAAUGUGCGCAUUGUCGUUCGCACCUCUGAGCGCGGGCUGUCGUCCGCCGUCGUCCGCGGGUUCCGCGAAGCCCACGGCGAACGCAUGAUCUGCAUGGAUGCCGACCUGCAGCACCCUCCGGAAGCCGUACCCGAGCUGUUGCUGGCGAUAACCGAGCGCAAACCCUUCGUGCUCGGCACGCGCUACGGCGCCGGCGUCAGCAUGGACAAGGACUGGCCUCUCCAUCGUCAAGUUAUUUCCGCCGGCGCAAGGAUGCUCGCUCGCCCCCUGACAAGCGCCAGCGACCCCAUGUCCGGCUUCUUCGGCAUCAGCAAACGCUCCUUUGCACAGGCCGACCAUAACAUCAACGCCCAGGGCUUCAAGAUCGCGCUCGAUCUGCUCGUCAAGUCCGGCGUGCCCAACGGCGCCAUCGCAGAGGUCCCGUUUAGUUUUGGACUGCGACAAGAAGGCGAGAGCAAGCUCGAUGGCAAAGUCAUGCUCAAGUAUCUAGAACAGUUGGCCGAGCUGUACAGGUUUAGGUUCGGGACGUUGCCCAUCGUGUUUGUGCUGUUCCUGCUCGUCGUGUUGGCGUUGUAUCUUUGGACGCAUGUCGUGUCGCCGGUGCUGUUUCGUUGA